AUGUCUGCUCAACCAUAUGAACCGGAAUUCCAACAAGCUCACGACGAAGUCAUUGCUUCGUUGAGGGAGUCGACCUUAUUCGAGAAAUACCCUAAGUACGAAAAGGUCUUGCCAAUUGUUGCAGUUCCAGAGAGAAUUAUCCAAUUCAGAGUCGCUUGGGAAAAUGAUGCUGGCAAGCAGGAAGUAGCCACUGGUUUCAGAGUGCAGUACAACUCUGCCAAGGGGCCAUACAAAGGUGGUCUACGUUUCCACCCAACUGUCAAUUUGUCUAUCUUGAAAUUUUUGGGUUUUGAACAAAUCUUCAAGAACGCCUUGACCGGCCUAGACAUGGGUGGUGGUAAAGGUGGUCUUUGUGUGGACUUGAAAGGUAGAUCCGACAAUGAAAUCAGAAGAAUCUGCUACUCCUUCAUGAGGGAAUUGAGCAAGCACAUCGGCCAGGAUACAGAUGUCCCAGCCGGUGAUAUUGGUGUCGGUGGCCGUGAAAUCGGGUAUCUAUUUGGUGCUUACAGAUCUUACAAAAACUCCUGGGAAGGUGUUUUGACCGGUAAAGGUUUGAACUGGGGUGGUUCUUUGAUCAGACCAGAGGCUACUGGGUACGGUGUCAUCUACUUCACCCAAGCGAUGAUCGACUAUGCUACCAAGGGUAAGGAAUCUUUUGCUGGCAAGCGUGUUGCCAUCUCUGGUAGUGGUAACGUUGCCCAAUACGCCGCACUAAAAGUCAUCGAAUUAGGCGGUAAAGUCGUUUCCUUGUCCGACUCUAAGGGUUGUAUCAUCUCUGAAAGCGGCAUCACCUCUGAACAGGUUUCCGCAAUUUCCAAUGCCAAGAUCCACUUCAAGAGCUUGGAACAAAUUGUCUCAGAGUUCUCUGUUUUCACUGAAAACAAGGUUCAAUACAUUGCUGGUGCUCGUCCAUGGACCCACGCAGGAAAAGUAGACAUCGCUUUGCCAUGUGCCACCCAAAAUGAAGUUUCUGGCGAAGAAGCCAAAGCUUUGAUCGCUUCUGGUGUCAAAUUUGUCGCUGAAGGUUCUAAUAUGGGUUGUACCCCUGAAGCUAUCCACGCUUUCGAAAGUGUCCGUAUCACUGCCACUGGUAGUGAUGCUGUUUGGUACGUCGGUGGUAAGGCCAGUAACUUGGGUGGUGUCUUGGUUUCCGGCUUGGAAAUGGCCCAGAACUCCCAAAGAAUGACCUGGACAAGAGAAGCAGUCGACCAAGAAUUGAAGAGAGGUAUGAACAACUGUUUCAACGACUGUAUAAGCGCUGCUCAAGAAUACAGCAACGAGUCUAACAAGAACACCUUGCCUUCCCUGGUAAAGGGUGCUAACUUGGCAUCAUUCAUCAAGGUCGCUGAUGCUAUGUUCGACCAAGGUGACGUAUUUUAA